AUGGAGGUGGAGGAAAAUGUUGAAAUGGUGAAUCAAGAAGGUGGUCCAAUAAAUGAUGAGUGCAAUGGUAUAUGUUUAAAAGACCUUGAGAAGGAGGACUUGCUUUCUCAAAGAAUUGAUGAGGCGAGGGAAUAUGACUUGGAAAUGGUAAAUGAAAGAAUAUCAGUAAGAGGAGUUGCAGACGAGGGGAUAGAUGGUAUGAAGGACUAUGAUGGCAUGAACCCACUCCUUCAUUCAAUUGCAGAUGGUUCUGAUGAG